AACAGGUAAAACUAUCUCAUAUACACGUCUUGUCAUUUUUUGCGAGCAAGGAAGGUCAGAAGUUUUUGUGGCUGAACAUUUAUUUUAUUCUUGGUCGUGAUUUUGUGCUGAUACACGUCUGAGGCAGAAAAAUAUUUUUACCAGGUUGCUUUUAAAUAACGAAAGUGACACGCUUUACUGUAUCCCACCUGAGUAGAGAUGGCAAGCAUAGAUGGUGCCUAUCUUGACCUACACAGCGCUGCUGCAGCUGAACGAAAAAAAUUAUCCUCCGGCGCUCAGAAGGACGGAAUGAGUUUUUUUCGAGACAGCCUCCAGGAUAAGUCUCGCUGCAGCACGCCGAUAACAACUAUAUUCUUCGACAUGGACAACACGCUUAUUCCGACUCGGAAAGGUGAUGCGAAGGCAUGUAGCAAGGUAGCAGACCUGCUGCAGACGGAACAUGGCCUACCAGGCGAGGUGGCGGCCGAAAUCGGUACCACCUAUCUGAACGCAUUUCGUCGAUGUCCGGAUAAUACGGAUGUUCCCCUGGCUCAGUGGCGUACCCAGCUGUGGGAGGACGCCCUUCCAGUCGGCUACAAGCAUCUCGGCCACCAGCUGUACACACGAUGGCUAGAGUAUCGCACGCGUUACCUCGCUCCUGGCGCAGAGAUCAUCGCGAUGUUGAAAUCUUUGCGCCGCACCUAUCUGCUGGGAAUUAUCUCCAACGGGCCUUCGGCUGCUCAAUGGGAAAAGAUCGACAGGUUGGGUCUGAAUCGUUAUUUCGAUUGUAUUCUAAUUUCCGCAGAUCUGCCGUGGGCCAAGCCAGAACGAAACAUCUUCUAUGCCGCUUGUCACUAUUUGGGAGUGCGGCCGGAUGAAUGUGCUAUGAUUGGUGAUAAGCUGGAAACCGACGUUCAGGGUGGCGUUGAUUCCAAAUUGGGUGCCACCAUUUGGUUACCAUUGCCGAAAGAUCUACGCCUGAUGCACGACAAAACAAUGGCCGAUCUGGAGGAUCACAUACGACCGGAUUUCAUAGUGCACAAUCUAUUGGAUCUGCCAUCCGUCCUCCCGGGACAGUCGGAGACAUGUGUCAGAGGGCCGCAACAGCGACCUCUAGAGGAAAGACGUGGAUCUGACUCGUUUAUACCAAAGACAACUCGCAACCGCGCUGCUAGCUACAAUCGGUUCCUACCGGACGUUCCGGAUUUAUUCAGCUGUAGUAGUAAUUCAUGUGAUAGUAACGGCAGCAUUGAAAGUAACUAGGUCGCUCUCUCUUCAAGUUAGUAAAACUUUAGAUGGGUGGUUUAGACUAGUAGUGACAAAGGCAGGCAGUCUCAAAUAAUAGACAAACGUUAAGUACUAGACAAGCAAUGUAACAGAACCAAACCAGGCUCCCCUUCUCGAAAAGAGUGUCGAAGUACCUGAGAUUACACGGCAAAUAUAAAGGAGUUAGAGUACAAUAACAUACUAAUUUUGUACAUUUUGCAACACAAAACAAAAAGAAAUUGUAUCAUAUUACCCUAUCACUAGGUAUGCAGUUGGUAUAUCUGGCAGGCCAGAAUUUUAUCCUAAUUGAACUCAACUCAAGAGUUCUAUCUCGUAAAAAGCGAAGAACCAUUACUGUAAAGACGCGCCUAAAUAUGUUGCUCACAACUACCGGAUACGGAUACCGUAAAAAAGUGUAAAUUUCGCAUUGUGAACAGAAGCUUCGAAGAUUGUAAAUUACAAAAGCA